ACUUUUUAAUAUCAGUUGACAUUUCCAAUUUUCAUCAAUAGAUAUUUUUGCUAUGAAUCAAAAUAUUCUAUUUUGUUAAAUUUUACUCCUUUUUUUAUUAUUAUGCCUCUAAAUAAAAUACCUUGUGUGGAUAAAUGUUGCGGUUGCAUAAGCGAUUUAAAAACGGCUGCAGCUAUUAUUGCAGUGCUCGGAAUUGUCACAAGUCCAUCGGUGUCUUGGGCGGUUGUCAGACAUUCAUACGUUAUACGAGUAUCAUGCUACGUAACGUCAAACGAAAAUAGAGCCGAUAUUAUGGAUAUCAACCUGAAAAAUAUCAUUAGUUUCGGAUUCGGUGCCAAUGCAGGAUUAGGCCCAUCCUGUCUUGGUCCACUUAAUGAUAACAGUACAAAAUCAUUUUUACGCAUACGGACUGAUCCCGAUAAAUCACCAUUCAUUGGAAUGGUAAAGAACAUAGGUUGGGUUGUCUUCGGUGUUGACGUAAUAUUUUUGAUAUGCAGUGUUUUAUUUUUGAGGAAGAUUUUCAAGGGUGCUGAUAAGAAAGCUGCUAAAACAUUCAUAUAUUCUGGUUUACUAGCUGUUUUUUUAUCAUUUGUUUAUGGCUUGCUGUAUGUUAUGGCAUGUUUAUCAAUUGGAGGAGCAUUUCCUAUUUUUGAAUUUUUUUUUGCAUUCGUAGACCUAAUUGUGUUGGUCACUUGGCUGUAUUUCAUGAUUGUAAUAAAUUCUUUUAUGAAAAAAUCUGCUACUGUGAAUACUAACAGCUAUAGUUUCUAUGGAAUGAUUUAUUCAUUUGAGGAAUACAUUUUGAAUUCAUUCUUUAGACGAUUGCCUAACUGAAUGAUGAGUAUGCAUUAAGUGAACUAUUAUGACGAAAUAGAAAGUGUAUUCUCAAACGUGAGAAUGAACAGUGCUGUUAUCAAAUCAUUGCUGUCCUAAAACAUGAUUACAGUCUGCCACAUAAUUGUGUUUUUGCGAAUCACUCACUGACAGCCAAUAUAGUGAGGAUUCAGGAUCAAUGUAAAAAAAAACUUUGGUAGAAUUUAAAUGAAAUAUUUAUAAUAUUAAAUAUUUUAAACAUUUCAA